AUGCCAUCCGAGUCUCCCAAUACCAUUUCUAUAAAGAGGAGCAGUAAGAACAACACGCCAAGCAAUUUAUCCUUUGGAGAAAUCAGCAUUGCUAAAGUUAAUGAUCAAAUGGUGUACGCUCCUGGUGUUGUCAAAUCUCAUAUCCAGCGAUCGGAUACCCAGCGGCCCGCAGGAGGGACCGAAAACCGAAAGGAAGCGGCUGUUCCCGACCAUAAUGCGGCCGAUGAGGCCAAUAGUACCGCUACUGGAAAGAAUGAUAACUAG